UGUCAAAACGAGCGCAGAAGUUUUAAAUCUCAUGCGUAUUUUUUGGAUUUUUCCUAGGCAAACAGUGCGGAAAAGGCGUGAAAAUGAGUGAGGCGAGUGUUUUCCAGUUAAUAAGCGACCUGUGCCAUAGCAUUAUUGAUAAGAGCGCUAGGAAAACAGGAAAAAUCAUAUCGUUUCGGCGAUGCCGCGCGAAGGCUUUCGAAAUUUUGUUGAAAUCAUCCGGAAGUCCCUCGAUUGCCACUGAUCCUGUCCGGGACUUGGACGUCCACCUUUUCGACAUGCGAAUGAAGGCCACUACGAUGUUUCACCGGCGAAGGAAUGACGAGUUGGAGAAGUGCCUUGAGGGCAUUGAGAAGGAUGAAUAUUUCGAGAGCGAGGAUGGAAAGGCAAUCCUGACAUUUCUCCACCACUUGAGGGCCACAGAGCAUCCUGACACCUUCAUGGCUCUUCUGCCAAACUAUCCUUUCGGGCUGUUUUCCGCCCUCCAGAGCGCCCACGAGACAAAUCCCUACUGCAAAGUGAAUCCAAGAGAGAUGUUUAAUUUCCCGGAUCUCCUGGAUGUGAUGUUGCCGAAGAACAGUCCGUACCUGAAGGGAUUCAACGCGAAAUUGGGUGGUGGUAUCUUCACGCAGUCAUUCUUAGAAACUGAGGCAUUCUUCCGGAGACCAUUGGAAGACAUCCUGAAGCCCAAAUUCUCGGCAAUUCCCAAAGAAGUCACUCAGGAGGAGAAAUUGUCAAUACCCAAUAGUAUAGUAGUGCCCAAUAGUAUUCUCAGCUGCCCGAGGAGUGAGAGAACGGGAGAGAUCCUCGCCCUGGACGAUUUCCUUUGCGAUCUGCGGGCGCUUUGCAUGGGCUACAGAUCUGAUAGCUUCAUCUUUCGUGAGAAUCGGUUGGAGUUCCGCCCGCAGAAGCGUCUGAGAGUGGAGAAUCUCACUGUGAACACUCUGCGUCAGUAUAUUCAGCCAUUCCUCGAAUUUGGUACCUGCAUGAAACGCCUUCUGCUCCUGGUCGCUUCCGGCUCGCCAGCCAUGCACGAGGGAUUUAUCUUUCACGCCUUCAGUAUGAGCGUGGACCAGUAUUUGUCACAUGUGCGUCUGUUAUUGUCGCUGGAGCAAAAGCAAUCCCUCCUGGCGUUCUCGUGCAAGAUAGAAAAGAUUGCCGAUCAAGUGACAGCACUGGCGAGGAUUUGUCACGUCAAUCCGAACACCAGAGAACCGCCGAAGGCUUUGCCAUCCGGCGCGCAGUUGCUGAAAUAUCUUCUGUCUGAGGCCAGCACAACUAUGCGGAGUGAGAUCUUCCUCAUGCUGAGCAAUAUCGUGGUGAAGUGCAUGGAAUUCUACUUGGCGCACCUGGAACAGUGGAUUUUCGAUGGGAAGCUCCAGGAUCCGCACGGGGAACUCUUCAUAUUCUUCUACGAACAAUACGAAUAUGACACGAAGAGGUUCUUCGAUAAAGCCUACGGUGUACAGAAGGAUCUCAUUCCGGACUUUCUGCAGGAUUUCGGCGAAAUGAUUGUGCUGUGUGGAAAGUACGCGAUGCUCCUGAAGGCUUUCAAGCCACUACAUCCGCUCUUCAGCGUUCCGAAGCCCAGUCUUUGUGUGUGUCUCUCGGAUUCGCAAGUCUCUGCGCUCAGGAGGAAUGUGGAGAGCUACUCAGCCAUGGCUUCGGCUGUGUGUGGGCCCAGAAUCACUGUCGAAGAGAUCCAUCGCAGAAAGACGGAGAAGAUGGAGACACUGAAGCGACUGGUUGAAGAGAAGAGACUCGAGAACCUCCAAUUAUGGGAGAUUGAGCGCAUGGAGGCCAAGCGUGAGGCGAUUCGAGCAAAGCAGGAGCAAUUGCGAGAGCUCAAGAGGCAAAUGGACGCCGUGAAGGAGGAGAAAGAAGCGAGGAAGAGGCAGGAAGUAGCCCAGGAACUGAUUCAUCUGGAGCAACAGCGCCUGGUCGAGGAGGAAGAGCUGAAGCGUGUGAAUGAGGAGCAGUUGAAGAGGAUUCAGGAGUAUCGGGAGUUGAAUGAAUUGGCUGAGAAGAAGUUGGCGCGAGUUUGCAAUGAGAACUAUCAAAGUGGCAUGAAGAAAUCCGACUCGGACAUCCUCAAUGCCAAUGAAACCAUGUCCGAAUUGGCCAGGAAUCGAGCCAGAGUGCUUGGAUCGACAAAUUUCAGUGAUUACGAGAACUGUGACAACCGAAAGUUGAAUGUGAACUUGCCCGAGGAUCAAAUGACGCCUUGCCAGAGAAAUAAGCUGAAGGUGAUGAGUCAUGAGUUCAAUAUUGAUGUGCCAAUGGACACGCAGCUGAGCAGGGCGAUCCAAGAGGAGACCAUGACGGAGCUGGAGAGGAAUCGCCGCAGGAUUCUCUACAAAGACCUCAAUUCCAACACUGAUGAGCAUGCGGAGGCCAACAGGAACAGCUUGAGUCUGUGCUUUGAGACGGAGAGAAUGAGGAAUCGCCGGAAGAUUCUGGAAUCGGAGUUUGACAUCGCCAUUCCGACGAAGGAGAAACUCACACCCAUGAGCACAACGUCAGACUGCACAGAGAGCUUCGCUUCGGCAUCUGCUGGGGAGAAAUUCUCGACGCCUGAGGAGGAGGUGAAGGAAUUGCCUGCAGAAGAGGAGAUUCCGGAGGAAAUUGCGUCACUGGUAGAUGAAAGUGAGGCCGUUGAUGUGGAGGAAGUGAAGAUUCAGGUGGAGGAGAUGGACUUCCUCGAGGAUAUCAUGCAGUACAGGACGUCAAUCCUCACCAGCUACCAGGACAAGCCUCCGGAGAUUGCCAGCGAUGAUCUGUCGAGACUCAAUGCGGUGUCCAUGAAGGAGUUCCUGAGGCUGUCCGUGGUCAUUCCUCUGGAAUGCCACAUGGCGAUACUCAAUGGUGAGAUCAUGAAGAUCUUCCUCGAGGAUCUGGACAUCCUGGGCCACUGGCAGAGCCUGAGAAACUACUUCCUCCUGAUGGACGGCGAGUUCGGCAGUCACAUUUGUAAUGGCCUGAUCGAGCGUCUGGAGAGAGGCGCCCGACCGGCGGAGUUGCUCAACUUCCACACGCUGCACGCCAUUCUGGACACGAGUUUCGGCGUCAGCGUGGCCGGCGGUGACAAGAACAGCGACCGGUUGUCUUUCAUCGUCAGCACGAUUCCCGAGAAGUUCGAUUUCCUCUCGCCGGACGCGCUGGACGAUCUAAAGCUGACUUAUCGCGUGGAGUGGCCAGUAAAUCUCAUCCUGAGUCCGGAGACUGUUCAGCAGUAUGACAGUAUCUUUCAGUAUUUGCUCAAGGUGCGCCGAAUGGGGUGGAUUCUCGAGAAUGUCUUUCAGCAUCUCAAGGAUCUCUCGAGGAGGCAAAAGAGAGCGAAAUCUUCACCGCACUUCCGUCAUAUUCAAGUCAUGCGGCACAAGUUCAGUCACUUUGUGCUCACGCUGCAGAAUCACAUCAACACGAGCGCUCUGCAGGCGUCCUGGCAGCACCUGAUGCAGGAUCUGAAGGACGCGCAGAGCAUGACGGAUCUGUACAGGAAGCACACGAACUACAUCAAGCGCAUCAGAUUCAUCUGCAUGCUGAACAAGCACAGCGCGCAAUUCUACAGUGCCAUUCACGAUGUUUUCAAGCUCAUCAUUCGCUUCAACCGUAUCCUGAAGAAUGAGCCGUGGAAGAGAAGCACAUCAGAUUUAAUUCAUCCGCGAUACGAUAAGUUGGUCAAAAUUGAGGAGAACUUCGACAAACUCAUGCGCCACAUAAUCCUGAUGGGAUGGAAAAUUGUCUCUCGCGGCUAUCAAACAGAGAUCGGCGAAUUCAUCUUCCUCUUGAACUCGAACGAAUAUUACGUCUCUGAGAGCGAGUUUAAGUGAAAGUCACUGUAAAUGGGAGCAAAUAGAGAGUCAGAAGAGUCAUGUUGAUGUUA